UGUCUCUGCACCCUCCUCUCUGUGAGUCUGUGAGUCUCUGUUUGUGUCAGGGGCGAAGAAGAACUCAGACGAGGCUGAGCGGAACAGGAUGCAGGCUAUCAAGUGUGUGGUCGUGGGAGAUGGAGCUGUGGGAAAAACAUGUCUCCUCAUCAGCUACACAACCAAUGCCUUCCCCGGGGAGUACAUUCCUACUGUAUUUGACAACUACUCUGCUAAUGUGAUGGUGGACAGCAAGCCAGUCAACCUGGGCCUCUGGGAUACAGCCGGACAGGAGGACUAUGACAGGCUCCGCCCACUGUCCUACCCACAGACGGACGUUUUCCUGAUCUGCUUCUCUCUGGUGAGCCCAGCGUCGUACGAGAACGUCCGAGCUAAGUGGUUCCCGGAGGUCCGUCACCAUUGCCCCUCCACACCCAUCAUCCUGGUGGGCACCAAGCUGGAUCUGAGGGACGAUAAGGAGACCAUUGAGAAGCUGAAGGAGAAAAAGCUUUCACCGAUCACCUACCCUCACGGCCUGGCUCUGGCAAAAGACAUAGAGGCAGUGAAAUACCUGGAGUGCUCGGCUCUGACCCAGCGUGGUCUAAAGACUGUGUUUGAUGAGGCCAUCCGCGCCGUGCUCUGCCCUCAGCCCGCCAAGGUCAAAAAGAAGCCCUGCUCACUGCUGUAAAAUGAUUCUUCCAGAAACUGGGAGAAAAACCGCUGAACCUGGGUUAUAAGAAGAACAUCUGAGAGUUCUGUAUUGUUUAUAAUAUCAAAAUACAAACUAGAUUUCCACUAGUUUGAAAGAAAAUUAUAAUAAAUAAUGCUUUUGGAGUCAUAAAAUAAUGGUACAAUAUUGUGUGUACAGACCACGCUCUCUGAGACUGAAUUUUAAAGUGCAUUUAACAUGCAGCGGCAGAUUUUUCUGUUUUGAUCAGGAAAAAACAACCAGUGAUUGAACCUGCUCCAGCUCAUACACUAUGCUGUAGAUUCCCACAUAAAUCACGCACAUGUUUCAUAUUUACAUUAUGUGAAAGUGUUAUUUGCAUAUUUAAAUUUGAAAUGCGGUGCUGCAAAGACAUUAGUCGUUAAUGUUACGUGGUUGUUGUUUUAAGAGUGAUAAAGAUUGAAAAACAAGGAUCAGCACUGACAAAAAGAAAAUGGAUGACAAAAUUAAAAAUAAUACAUCAGUUGGUGACGCCUUAGUUUAGAUGUUAGUAAUUCAAGUCACAUUUUUAAGUUUGCAAACCAUUUUCUUUUUUCAGUGUAGUUUUAAGUCGGGAGCUGAACAAUGUUGAACAAAAAAAAAAAUCUAGAAAUGUAUUAUUUUUUGUGAUGUUAAAAUAAUAAA